ACAACCACAGAUGCAUGAUUUGGUUGACUGAGAACCUACAUCAAUGAUUAAAUAAUAUGCUUUUAUGUUGAAAGUGCAGACAGGAAAUGGUCCCGAUGCAUUUUUCUCAACUUGACAAGCAGAAACUCUGCUUCUAGUUUGAAUUUUUUCCUUCUGGGGGAAAAUGAGAAGAGACACAGUGAGUUUGAGCAGAAAGAGAAAAGAGUCCAAUACCAAACGAUCAGUCAGUCACUCACUUGGUCUGUUUCUCAGAAAAUUAGUCAGUUAUUGAGGAUAUUCAUGGACGUGUCUAGCUGCAGCAGGAAGAGACCCUCCAGUUUAGCUGACUUUCAGCUGAACCAGGGGGCUUGGAGUCUACAGCCUACCGCCUGUAAGAGGAGGUACAGAGAGGAGGAGGAGAUGAAGAGGAGGAGGAUGACAGCAGGAGGCUCUGAUGAGAACAGAGAUCCAGGAGAAACUCAGCAGAGGAACAUGAAAGUACAGAGGAAAGAACACAGAUGGUUUUCAAAGACUGGAACCCGGACCAGGACCACUGUCAGGACUGGAUCUGGAUUCAGGUCUGUGGAUGAGAUCCAGUCCUGCAGACCUGAGGUCAGAGUGGCCCUAAUCAGGAAGACCAGGAUCCAGACCUCAGUCAGAACUGUGGAGAUCAGAGGAUCUGAACUGGUUCGAUCUGGUUUGAUUCUCACAGACCAGACUGAUCCAAGAUCCAUUGAGACCCAGCUGGACCAGAGCAGACCACCCUGGGUAAGACAGACAAGGACCACAGAAUCCACCUCUGAGGUCAGGUCUAGGUCUGCAGCAGGUCCACCGAGGACUGCAAGUGUGAACCAGAACAGGACCGACACAAGGGGGUCUGGCAGAGUCCUGGGUCCAGUGUCCUGCAGAGGAGAAGGGGUAGCAACCAGGACCAGGUCCAAAUCUGAGGGGAGGAGAAUUAAGGCUAAGAGGAGGACCAAGAUCCACCCAUCUGUCUUCAGAGGGAAAGGUCAGCUGCGGCUGUCAAUCAUCCCAGAGGUGGGGAAACUUAUCAUUCAUAUCCACGAGGCCAGAGGACUGAUGGGAAAAUCCCAGAGGUCAUGUGACUCCUAUGUGAAGCUGUCAAUGAACUCUGACCUCGACCACAGCAUCACGAUGACAACUCCAACCGUCCUGAACAACAAGAACCCAAAAUACAAUUCAAAUUUCAUAGUGUGUGUCAGAGAUGACCUCGUCCUGAACAGGAUGCUGGUGUCAGUGUUCAGCAGGUGCAGUCACCUGCUUGGAUGUAUGAGCUUUGGGAUUGGUUCUCUCGUCUCAUCCUCAAAGCUUGUCACUGGUUGGUUCUACCUACUAGGAGAGGAGUUUGGACGGAGCAAACACCUGAGAGUGACCUCACUGUGCAACAAAACAGUGAGGAGCCUAGAGAACAGGACAGCAGGGAACAUACCAACACGCUGUGCAGAUCUCAGGAGAACUCCAGACUCUGCUCCAGAUACCAACCUGAACCAGAUUGCUACCACCACCCCUGCCCCAACCAAGCUGUCAAAUAGCACCACUUCAGCUGGACUCAAAGACCUGACAAACCACUGCCUGACCUCCAGUUUCCCCCAGAGCCUCAACGCCAAUCACAGCACCUAUGUCUCCACAUUGUAUACCCAGCAGCUGAUGGACAACUAUGAUUGUCUGGAUUUGACUGGUCUGGAAACUUAUUCUCUAAAGUCUGAAUGUGGAACAACUUCUGUAAAUCUGGACCUGGAUUGGUUCUGGUAUUGUGUUUUGUGUCUUGAAGUAUGGAUUUGGAUUAGACCUGAUUUCUGGACCUGGAUUGGGAGUUGUUCAUCCGUCCUGGUGGUUGUGGUUCAGAUCUGCUGGAGGAUCAGAUGGACCAGUAAAGCUGCGAGAAUUGAACAGACAACUGGACCUGCUGGCAUGCACACGAUCCACCGUCUGUGUCGAAUCUGCAUCGAACAAAACCUGCCUCAGGUCAACGUCGUUCGAGGAAAAGAUGGUUUUGGAUUCACAAUCUGCUCCAACUGUCCAGUCAGGGUCCAGGCUGUCGACCCCGGAGGUCCCGCUCAUCAGUCAGGACUCCGUCAAGGAGACUCGGUCCUGCAGUUGAACGGAAUUCCUGUUGAAACCUGGAAGUGUGUCGACCUCGCUCACGCCAUCAGGAGUUGUCCGUCUCAGAUUGUGUUGGUGGUGUGGAGGGGAUUACCUGAGCUCAGGUCAGGAUGUGAAGCUUUGCUCCGCCCUCCGGCACACAACACGACAACAGACAGAAAGCUGCUGCCUCACCCCUCCCACAGUAAACACAAUGGCAGACGAGGUCAGGGAUUGGGAGUCAGGUCCAGUUUGGGGGCUCUGGGUUCUCUGUGGAGGGACAGGAAGGACGACAAGGAGGAGGUGGAGGAGAGGGAGGAACAGGAGGUGACUGAGUACUCGCCUUGCACCACCGCACUGAAGGGCACCCAAGUGACACCAUCACAUGGAGACAAUUACAUAAUCUUGUCACCUCUUAAUACAGGAGGACAGCUGCUGCCAUCAGUUUAUCAUGACAGAAGUGGAACCAUCGGGCGUCUGUACCAGACUCACCCCAGCAGAGGUCAGAGUCUCCUUCAUGACCCUCGACCCGGGACAUCACAGCAACCAUUCACCAGCUGCACCUCCACUCUGCCCCCACCUACCUCAAUCUCCUCUUCAGCAGCCCCGCUCAGCAACUAUGGCAACUACCAGAACUGCACCAUUGUCCAGUCACAUCUGCCUUGCUCCUCUUAUGGAACCUACGUCACCGUGGCACCCAAAACCCUCAUCUUCCCUAUCUUCGUCCAGCCUCUGGAUCUGUGCAGUCCAGGAAGAACCCUGCUUAUGGCAGAGGAAAUGGUUCUACACCAGGCUGACCUGCAGCCUGCAAAGAUAACAGUGUUGAUCUACAGUGACCUGCUGCUCUUCACUAGAGAGGAUGAAGCCGGACGCUGCAAUGUCCUACAGAGUCCACUAUACCUGAACACACUGCAGCUCAGAGAAGUGGCUUCGGAGCCCCUCCACAUCUACUUCCUGCAGAGCUCUCAGUCCUGUUGGCGUUGUCUCUUCAGUCUGGAGGCACUCACAGUUGAGCAGAAGGUCAGAGUCAGUCUCUGUCUCCAUGACAACAUCCAACUACAGCUGGUUGCCACAGAGACUGGACACACCCACCAGCUCUCAGACCUUCCCUCAGAUUUCGGUCUUCUCUCUCUUCGUCAGUCUGACCUCCUCUGUCAUCCUUCUUCUCCUUAUUCCUCCUCUGAUCCUCCCCUCCUUCGCCCUUCCUCCCCCUACUCCUCAAUCUAUGACCCCCUCAGACCUCCUUACUCCCCCAGCUCUCCCUUCUCCUCCUCCAGUCCUCCUCCCCCCUUCUCUCUCUCUUCAUAUAUCACCUCCUCUCCACCUCUUAGGACCUUCACCACCCCAUCUCAGCUCCUCCCCCCACCUCCCCCCUCCUCCAACACCACCCAAAGAAGUCCAGUCUGGAAGGAGAGAAGAGGAGCAGAGGAGGAGGACAGGAUGGAGAGGCAGGAGGAGGUGGUGGAGGAGCGGCAGCAGGGGGAGGGGGAGAGUGCCUCAGAAACAUCAGAGAAUAUGGGAGGAGUUGGGGGAUGUGGACUUCGGCUCAGCCCCCAUUGCUUCAACAUGAAGGAAGAGGAGGAGGAGAGUGAUAAUGAAGAGGGAGGAGGCUCUGAGGAGUUUAGCUCCACCUACAGACCGGAAGUUCUGCGUCGUUCUCUCUCCGAGGGUUCUCUACUGCAGGAACCUCGAUCACCUCGCUUCCUUUCCGACAGCACCAUCCAUCAACUCACCCACCCCAUGACCCCUGACCCCAACCCUGACCCCGAGUCUUUCCUCCGACACCCCUCCAUCCACACCCUAAGGAGACAGCUGACCAGAGAGGGGGGGUCUCUGCACCACAUGCUGCAGCUCCUCAACGGUACCAAGGAUGCCGAGUUCAGAAAUCUUCCACUGAGGAAGAAGACCAAGAGUCUAGCUGCUGAUGUUCGGAGCCACCUGCCAUUUCUACGACGACAGAGAAACAAUAGCUGUGUCCAUGGUAACAGUUUGGAGAAAGCUCUGAGAAACAACAGACCCCCUACACAAGAGGUGCUUAGGUGGGCAGUGAGUCUGGAGGCUCUGCUGACCAAUCAGUAUGGCCUGGCAGUGUUCCGUCACUUCUUGAGGUCAGAAUUUAGCGAGGAGAACCUGGACUUCUGGUUGGCCGUGGAGAAAUUCAAGGGUACACGCCCCCUCGGCAAGAUGGCCGCUAGAGCUGAGAAAAUCUAUGACGAGUUCAUUUCUACCACUGCUGCACGACAGGUCAAUGUGGACUCAGCAGUCAGAGAAUCAACCAAUCAGAGCUUGCGUCUCUGUGUUAACCACGCCUCCUUCCAGCUGGCCCAGGAUCAGAUUUUUGGCUUGAUGGAGACCGACAGUUACCCACGUUUUCUCAGGUCCCGCCUCUAUACCCAGCUGGCCAAUCAGGGCACACAGAUGGUCACCGAGUGAGCCAGUUACAGAGGAGCUCCAGACUGCCUGUUAAUCAGAGGCUCCAAGAUCAAAGCCUUUGAUUUGGUCCUGGUGGACGGAGUUUGUAUUAGUGCACCUGGUGCGUUUAGUAACUGA